GUCACGCCCACAGCAUCGCAGCGGUCGACUGAUUUCAGAUUUUGAGGCUGGGCUAGCAUUGCUUGCUCCCAGCGGCCACCAUCGCCAACGCCAGCGCCCCCGCGGCACCCACGCUAUCUGCCCAUCGGCCAUGGCGGAGAACAUCGACCAGAAGAUCCAGGAGGUGUACAAGCACAUCCAGAAGGAGCGCAAGAUCCUCGAGGCGUCCCAGCUCCUGCGCCGCGCUACUCAGAACCAGGAUGUCCUCAGCCGCAACGAGGCUAAGAUCAGGGAGACCGAGCGUUCCCUCUCGUACUUCGAGGAGACCCUGCGCGAGCUUCAGGCGCGCAAGAACGAGCUCGCAAAUGGCAGGGAUCGCUCGCGAUCAGACGGGACGCCUGCACCUCAGGUGCCGCCCAAAGACCCGCGCGGGCGGGGAUCGUCGGACAUGGCGACGGGCCCCGGCGACGGCGCUCCCCGCACCAACUACACCCAGCUGGACCUCAUCAAAGCGGACACACCACUCACGCCCGCCAAGAUCUCCCGUAUGCUGCACCAGCUAGAGUUCAAACUGCAGGUCGAGAUGCAGUACAAGAAGGGCAUCGACAAAAUGGCCAAGCUCUAUCAGGCCGACGGCGAUAAGAAAUCUCGACUAGAUGCGGAGAACAAGAAGGUGGAGAACGAGCGCAAGAUACAGCUGCUUCAGGCUGCGUUGAAACGCUACAAGAACUUGCAUGUCAUAGACGACACUGGGGAGGAUGAUCAAGGUCCGGACGGCGAGCGGAAGGACAACCUGCGACAAAAGCCCUUGUCGGGAACCCUGUACAUUUCCCUUAAGGGCGCUCGCGAACUCGACCAUGCUCCCAUCGUGCGCUCGAGAUCUGCCUCCAAGCAGAUUUCGGAAACUAUCGUCUCCAUGAAAGUGGAGGGAACACAACUGGCCCGCUCUCACCCUUCACGUACCGAUCGCUGGAACGAGGACUUCGAGAUCACUGUUGACAAGGCCAAUGAAGUCGAAGUUGUGGUUUACGAUCAGCAGGUCGGGCAGCCCAUGGUGCCCAUCGGUUUGCUAUGGAUCCGCAUCAGCGAUUUGGUAGAAGCCGUUCGACGACAGAAGGUGCUCAUGGAGAGCGGCCAGGGCGGCUGGGUCACCGCCAACGCCAUGGGCGACGCAUCCGCAGCUCCCGGAAUGUCUCAAACCGACGCACCACUAUUUUCUGCGCAGGGCGGCCAGCCGGGCGCCCCCAUGGGUUUUGGUGCGCCAAGCGCUGACGGAAUCGAGGCGUGGUUUGCCGUGGAGCCCGCAGGCGCCAUCGCCCUUCGCUUGAACUUCGUCAAGGAAAAUGUUCGCAAGCGGCCUUUGGACGCUCCUCUCGGUGGUCUCGGUCGUCAGGGCGCCGUGCGCAAGCGCAAGGGCGAGGUGCACGAGAUGAACGGUCACAAGUUCGUCCAGCGGCAAUUCUACCAGCUCAUGCUGUGCGCGUUCUGCAACGACUUCUUGUUCAAUGCUGCUGGAUAUCAGUGCGAGGAUUGUCGCUACACGUGCCACAAGAAGUGCUACGAGAACGUCGUCACGAAAUGUAUCUCCAAGUCGAACACUGGAGACGACGAGGAGAAAAUCAACCACCGUAUUCCCCACCGCUUCGAACCUCUCACCAACAUCGGCGCCAACUGGUGCUGCCACUGCGGUUACAUGCUCCCCCUUGGCCGCAAGAACGCGCGCAAGUGCUCCGAGUGCGACAUCACCUGCCACGCCAACUGCAUGCACCUCGUCCCCGACUUCUGCGGGAUGUCGAUGGAGACGGCGAACCGGCUGCUGCGCGACAUGCGGCUCAUUAACCAGCAGAAGGGCGCGGCGCGCACGCGGACGCAUGCACCGGUGUCGAGCCAGGACGAGAAGCUGAGCACGUCGAUGGAUAGGAUGCGGCUGAGCCCGACGCAGCCGACGGACCCGUACCGGCAGCAGCAGCAGCCUGAUGCGCGAUAUAGCGGUGGGGCGGCGCCUGGGCAGUACCAGCAGCAGCCCGCUGGUCGGCCACCUCCAGGUCGCGUACCUCCGCCGUCAUACGAGCCGACGCAGGGUCGCCCAUCGUCACAAUACGAGCAGCCAGCCGGUGACCAGUACCAGGCUUACCCUGGCCAGCGCACCCCUACCUCGACAUCUCCUGUGCAGGCCAAGACACCCCUGCCCGCCCAGCAGCAACGCCCAUUUGUGCCUCCAGGCCCGCCACCACCACUGACACAACCUGUCUCGCCGCCGCAGACGCCGAUGGGCGGUCGUCCACUUCCACCAACGGGUCAGCCGCAGCAGCCCGUCCGCCAGGCGACGCGGAAGCGCAAAGUCGGCCUCGACGACUUCAACUUCCUCGCCGUUCUCGGGAAGGGUAACUUCGGCAAGGUCAUGCUGGCGGAGGAGAAGAAGACGAACGGGCUGUACGCUAUCAAGGUGUUGAAGAAGGAGUUCAUCAUCGACAAUGAUGAAGUAGAGAGCACGCGGUCCGAGAAGCGUGUGUUCUUGGCUGCGGCGCGCGAGCGGCAUCCGUUCUUGCUUGGGCUGCACUCGUGUUUCCAGACGGAGACGCGCGUGUACUUCGUCAUGGAGUACGUGAGCGGCGGCGAUCUCAUGUUGCACAUCCAGCGGAAGCAGUUCUCGCUACGGCAAGCCAAGUUCUACGCGUCCGAGGUCUUACUUGCGCUCGAGUACUUCCAUGCAAACGGGAUCAUCUACCGUGACUUGAAGCUCGACAAUAUCUUGCUGACGUUGGACGGACAUGUCAAGGUGGCUGACUACGGUCUGUGCAAAGAGGAGAUGUGGUACGGGCAGACAACGAGCACAUUCUGCGGUACUCCCGAGUUCAUGGCGCCGGAGAUCCUUCUCGAGCAGCGUUACGGCCGCGCCGUGGAUUGGUGGGCCUUUGGUGUUCUCACGUACGAGAUGUUGCUUGGCCAGUCUCCCUUCCGCGGUGACGACGAGGAUGAAAUCUUCGACGCUAUCCUGGAGGACGAGCCGCUUUACCCGAUCACCAUGCCCCGCGACGCCGUCGCGAUUCUGCAGAAGCUGCUCGAGCGCAACCCCGAGCGGCGACUGGGCGCGGGCAAGGAGGACGCGGAGGAGAUCAAGCGGCAGCCGUUCUUCAAGGACGUAAAUUUCGACGACGUGCUGAACAAGCGGAUACCGCCGCCGUACUUCCCGACGAUUAAAGGUAGUGCAGACACGAGCAACUUCGACGAGGAGUUCACGAAGGAGCAGCCGACGCUUACGCCUGUGCACGGCCAGUUGUCGGCGCGGGACCAGCAGGAGUUCGAGGGCUUCAGUUGGGUCGCAACAUGGGCGGACAUCUGAUGAGCGGGUUGAGGAUAUCUGGAUGCAAGACUGCGAGUGGGCCGACAGCGACGAGCAGGGCGACGCCCUUUCAACGAGCCGGCAGGAAGGGUCGCCGCUCGCCUUACGUAUUGACGAACCGAAUGACUUUGUACAUGUCUUUUGUACUAUAACUGUAACGCGCGUGUUACCUCAAGCAUCGCUUGCUGUCCCGCUCUCUAGAGAAAUGCGCGUGAGCUCUCUUGUAUGUGUCACCGUGCGAGGUACAAACAUCCUAGCUGUGGG